ACUUCCCUUGACGGAACUCUUUAGUAAUCCCGCCAUAUUUAAAACAAAACAGACACGACAGAACACGAUAAAAACGAGAAAUUGAGAAUGUGCGGUUUUGGAGAUACUUAGUAAAAUGAGUAAAUCCAAGGAUGCAAAUGCUGCCAGGGCAGUAUUGGAGUACUUGAACAGACAGAAUAGACCGUACAGCGCUGUAGACCUCUUCAACAAUCUCCACAAAGAAUAUGGCAAGACGGCGGUCGUGAAGGCAUGUGAGAGUUUAACAGAAGGAAAGAAGAUCAGAGAAAAAGUUUAUGGAAAACAGAAGGUUUAUGUUGCAGACCAGAGUCAGUUCCCAGAUGUGGAUGACAAAGAAAUUCGAGAAAUGGAUACUAGAAUUGUUGAAUUGUCGACACAGUGUAAAGAAAAGGAUGACCAAGUGAAAAGACUGGAUGCUGAACUUCGAGGCCUGAACAGCUCAAUAACCACAGAAGAGGCAGUUUCACAACUCCAACAAUUAGUUGAAGAGUGUGAGGCAUGUAAUCAGAAGUUGAAAACUUUAAAAGAGGGAGGAAGAACUGUAUCACCGGAGGAGAAAGACAGGAUUUACAGUGCAAGAACAAAAUAUGUAAAGGAAUGGCGAAAAAGAAAAAGAAUCGGUAAUGAUAUACUUGGAGCAAUAUUAGAAGGCUACCCAAAGACAAAGAAACAGCUAUAUGACGAGGUUGGGAUAGAAACAGAUGAAGACUAUAAUGUAUUGCCUCCCAACAUCUGAUCAACUCGGCCAAUCAGGAACCUGGGAAAUUACGGUAAAAGGUCUUCCUCCAUCCAAUCAAAUCUGACUGUCAGGAAAUGUGAAAUAAUCGCAAUACAUGUACCAUAAAAAGCCAUCAGACCAGCAGGAGAGUCAUGUAGUCUACAAACAGUGUAACGUUUGAUGACAUUUCUACUGCAAAAAUCAGAAAUCUGAAAGAAUCUUAAAACGUUGUGCAAACAUAUUGUGAUUGUGUUCAUGAAGGUGCAAUCCGAGAAACUAUUGUAUAUGUUUAUUAUUUUAUGUUGACUUGUUAAGUUUUAUAUGUUCAAAAUAAAUCCCUUUCACUUGGAUAUGAAGUGUA